CAUAAUACAUGAUGGAAGGUGUUGAUACUUAUCUCGGCUUGAAGCGAAUUCAUCUAAUUUGGCAAAUAUUAUGUGUAGCUCCCUGGAAAAAGUAUAAAAAAUGUUAUUUUGUUUGGAUCAGUUUUGUUUUCGGUCUAAAUGUAGUGUUGAUAUCAACGGUAGUCCUGGAUAUUGUAUUCUGUGAAAAUCUCAAGUGUCUUCUGAAUAACAUCACAUACUACCUUGCUGUCUUCUGCAAAGUUAUGCAGUGUCUCCUGAUGGUUUUGGUUCGUAAGAAGCUGCUUCAACUGGAAAAUUAUUUUCAUAUCUUAGAUGGAAAUGUAACUGCACCAGAGGAUCAAGUUUUGGCAAAAAAUGCAAUAGAAAAAGGACAAAAAAUAUUAAAAUUUUUCUUCACUAUUACUUUAUCUGCAGUGUAUAGCAGAAUAUCAGGUUUUCUUUUCACUUCGGGCGAAAUGUCGAUAUUGCCACUGUGGUCUCCGUUUGAAAAGUACAUUUUUAUCAAAUUUCUCUAUGAUUGCAUUGCUGGACAUUUCAUAGUACUCCAAACUGUUGCCAGCGACAUGUAUCCGCCUAUAUGUUUUCUGUUGUUAAAUGCACAUUUAAAAAUUCUAUCUCAACAGUUGUUGCGUAUAGGUUCAGGAGAACUAGAAUGCCAUACUCAAUCGAAGAUCGCACCCUUUGUUGAAUAUCACGUCACCAUUUUGAGGAUUUAUGAAAUUUUAGAUGAAACCCUAUCAAAAAUGUUUUUUGUUGAACUUUUAAUUGCUAGCAUUCUUCUCUGUAUUUUAACGACAUCUGUCGUUUCUACUAGUAUGGAACUCUCGGAAUUAGUUUUCAAUGUUGCGUUCGCAUUCGCCCUUAUGUUUCAAAUUUUGCCAAUUUGCGUUCUUGCUCAUCAAUUCCAAUCGUUAAGUGAAGAUCUUGCAGAUGCAGCUUAUAGUUCUAAUUGGCCUGAUCAGGAUCGUGCAUUUAGACGUUCGAUACUUUUAAUCAUGCAUAGAUCACAAAACUGCAAAUUGAUUCUCGCUGGUGGUAUAGUACCGAUAAACCUACCGACUUUUCUCGCAAUUUUACGUUGCGCUUACUCAUUCUCAGCAAUUUACAGCAUGAUGAAUUAGCCAAAACGUAGCGCAGAAUUGUGGCCUUAAUGAUUAUUUACUUCAUAGAAGAAUUGUGGAACUAUUCUGCGUACAUACUAGUGUUUUCUAUAAUUGGAAAAAAGGCUCCAAAAACGAAAAGUUUCGGGCAAUUCAUUUAAUAUAUCAGAUGAGAAAUAUAAAUAUUAGACACUUACU